AUUUAUGCAUCGAGAGAUCGAUCUUACAGAGAGAGGGAGAGAGAGAGAUGGCGAGAAUUCAUGAAAUUCCUGUGUUGGCAUUGUCAGCGCUGCUUCUAUUUUCAUGGCUAGGGCUGUCUCACUGUUCCAAGAAACCAGUAGGCGUUGCCAGGAAAGAGGACAUUCCAUACAUCAAGUGUCAGGUCUGUGAAAAGCUCGCGCAUCAGUUGCAUCAUCAAGUCCUCCAAAAGCAAGCUCAGAUCUCUCCCAAGAAGAUUUCAGAGUAUCAAAUCAUUGAAAUAUCAGAGAAUGUUUGUAACUUAAACAAGCAGGAAGCAGACUGGAUUCUGAAAAUUGAUAUAGUAGAACAAGGAGAUAAAUUGGAGCUUAUUGAACAAGACACUGAAGGGCAAUGCAAUUCAGAAUGUAAAACAAUUGAGCGCACCUGUCAAGAGAUCAUGGGGUACUCUGAUACCGAUGUUGCAGAAUAUUUAUACAAAAACAAGCCUCAGGUUGAUCAUUUGACACGCUUCCUUUGUAAUGACCUUAGUAGUGCAUGCCGUACCAAGCCACCGCCAGUUCCUAAGGAUAGAAUUCCCGGAGAACCAUUUGUUGCAAAAUCAUCGAAAGAGGCUGAAAUGGAUAAAUUAUUGAAAUCCAUGGAGGGUGUGCCAGGAGCCCCCGGCAUGAAAAUGUAUUCAAGGGAAGAAUUGAUGAACUCUCUCGGUGGUGGUGGUGAUGCUGAUGAAGAUGACGACGACGAAGCAGGAUUCCCCUCAGAAGUGGGAAGAGUUCUGAGAGAGAAAGAGAAUACAAAGAGUGAUUGGAAAGAGAGAAUCUCAAGAACAAUUGUACACACCGGGCAGGCACUUAAAAAACACGCGAACAAGGUCUCCUAUCGCAUACAGAGGUGGUGGCGAGGAAGGAAAUCGAGUUUGAGUAAGAAGAAGAGCUCAAAGACAAGCAAACCAGAGCUUUAGUUAGAGCUGACACUAUGUGAAGGAGUAGAUAGAGAGGCGAUAUGGGUUCAUACCAUAACCUGUUCGCUACCAGGCAUUACGCGUGAAGUAAACACUCAACUCGGAUAGCCAAACUGAGAAACUGCAGCCUGUCUUGUGAAAACUAUUGAUGGUUUGUUCACUCACCUCAGGGAAACACAAUGUAGUGAUUUAUGGAAGAAAUGAAGUUUUGGAACGCUCACAAUUA